CUCGAACCCUUAGCAAACAUGUUUAUGUUUUGUUUUUUUAUUCUCUUUUUCUUUUCAUCUGAUUUUGUGUUUCAGUUAAUAGCAAUAAGACAAUAGCAACCACCCCAUGGCCGCUGGCAACAAGUUCGCAAGUUUUUUGCAUAAACACACCAGCAAAAUCAUCGUCAUUUUAGUCUACGCACUGCUUGAAUGGGUCCUCAUCUUCCUCCUUUUACUCAACUCUUUGUUCACUUACUUGAUUACAAAGUUCGCCAAUUAUUUUGGCCUUAAACCACCGUGUCCCUGGUGUUCUAGACUGGAUCAUGCCCUGGAACCCGACAACAACAACAACAACUCGAGCUCUUACCGGGAUCUUGUCUGUGACAAACAUGGUUCGGAGAUUUCGAGAUUGAGUUACUGUUCGAGUCAUGGGAAACUAGCGGAGACGCAUCUUAUGUGCGAGGAAUGCUUGGCUUCUAGGCCAAGUCCUAGUGAUGGAAAAGGAAUGACGAGGGGGAUUGCUUUCAUUUCUUGGGUGAGUAGCGAUCACAAAGUCGACGAUGGCGGUAACGUUGUUCCUUGUUCUUGUUGCAAUGGCAGCAGCAAGCUCCGUCCUCCUUAUUUCUUGUUCAAGCCUAGUUGGGGUGCUUUGGAUUAUGCAGACAAAGGGAGUUUGAUUAUUGAAGCGAUUGAAGACGAUGGUGAUGGCAGUGAAAGUGAUGAUCAGUCCAAAGACGGUGAGGAUAUGAUCGAGAUUAAACUCAACGACCAGGAUGAUGAUGAUGACGGGAACGAUCAAAGGGCUACGGUUGAACAACAGGUGCUUUCUGAUGUUGAAAAGGAUGUCCAUGAAGAUGACAAAUCAGACACCAUGAACGUUGCAGAGAAGCAUCUUGGUAGUAUUACAAGUGGAACCGCUGUACCUUGUUUUGCAGGAGAUUAUAUGCUGCAGUUCAUUGAUCAGCAUCAUCAGAAAUGUGUUUCGGAUCGUUUAGUUCCUGUUGAAUUAGUUGAUUUAUCGACAUCUUCAAACUAUUUCUCUGAAAAGCAGCACGAUACCGACACUGAUUCUUCGAUUGAAGAGACACCAUUGCUUGCUAUUGUUGAGAGUGCAGAGAAUACCAGUCCCAGCCAAACCGAAAGUCUGGAGAUAGGAUCUAAUCAACUAGACAAAGAUGGUCUUAAUAUAAUGGCCGAGCCAUCGAAAUCCGAGACGACAUUGCUAAGCACUAUAGACUCUGAUCUGCCUCAAGUUCAAGGGUCAGAUCCUUCAUUGCAAAGCUUGCAAGAAGAAAGCUUUUCAAAGUUUCAGAUUCAAUCUAAAGGUGUUGAUGCUCCUGAGUCGAGCAAGAUUCAUAAUGUUGCCAUUCUUGGUGUGACACUAGGUGUCAAUGAAGAGAAGAGCACAAUGGAUGACGAUCGAGAGAGGAUAGAUGCUCGGUUAUUGGUUCCAACGAAUCAUAACAACGAAGCAGAGGAGGAAAUUUUUCCCGAGACUCCAACUUCAUCACAUGAAGUUAUGCAUUACUUGCACAAGAAACUGCAAUUCUUCGAGAAAAGUGAAUCGGGUAUCGAGGAGUCUUUACUAAGUGAGAUGGAAAGUGGUGAUCUGAUUCAAACCAUUGAAAGGCUGAAAACCUCCUUGAAAGUUGAAAGAAAGGCAAUGAGUGCUUUAUAUGCAGAGCUUGAAGAAGAGAGGAGUGCCUCGGCAAUCGCUGCGAAUCAGACAAUGGCUAUGAUAACAAGGCUUCAAGAGGAGAAGGCGGCGAUGCAGAUGGAAGCAUUGCAAUACCAGAGGAUGAUGGAAGAACAAUCGGAAUACGACCAAGAGGCCCUUCAAUUACUAAACGAGCUUAUGAUCAAACGAGAGAAAGAGAAUGAAGAACUCGAGAAAGAAUUGGAGUUUUAUCGAAAGAAGGUUCUAGAUUACGAGACCGACGAAAGGAUGAGGACAAUGAGGCUAAGCAAAGAUGGAAAUUCGGAAAGUAGGAAAAUUUCGGCUGCAUGCAGCUAUGUGGAGGAUAGCGAUGAGAUAUCGUUAGACCUAAACCGUGAGGCCAAGUAUGAGGACAGCAGCUUCUCUGGCAACCAAGAAAGCAACCAAGAAAUGGCACUGGAUUGUUUAAACCAUGUAAGUGCACUCGAUGAAUCGUUGACCGAAUUCGAGGAAGAGAGACUGUCCAUCCUAGAUCAGCUCAAGGCAUUGGAAGACAAGUUAUUAACCAUGGGGGAUGAUCAAUUCAUGGAGGAUUUGAAAUCAAUAAAGGAUUCGUUUAAUGGUUUUGAUGACAGUAAUGAACUGAGCAGCAAAGAAGGUAAUGGGACAGAUAAUGGCUUCCAUGGCACAACAAUGGCUGCCAUGGCAAAGAGUCUCCUUCCUUUCCUGGAUGCAGAGGAUAAUGAAGAAGGAUCGAUAUACGAAAAACAAGGAGAAUCGGGUUUGGAACCAGUCGAAAUGCAGGCAUAUGCAGGUCCAGAAUUGGAGUUGGAUCACAAAAAACUAGCAAUUGAAGAAGAGGUGGAUCGUGUUUACGAGAGGUUACAGGCUCUUGAAGAAGACAAGGAAUUCCUCAAGAACUGCAUGAGCUCCAUAAAGAAAGGCGACAAAGGGAUGGAUCUACUCCAAGAAAUCCUGCAACAUCUCCGAGACCUGAAGGCCGUCGAACUCCGAUCAAAAAACUUGACUGGUGAUGAUCCGCAAGGGUGAUCUUCGGCUUUCCAUAAAAGAUAAAAGAAUCGCCUGGAUCCCUUCAGCAAGACAACACCAUAUUAACACUAGUGCGAACUUCAUUUCACAUUGAACCUAUUUGUCAAGAAGCUCCUGGUAUCCAUUAUUUUUAAUGGGGGGAUUCCUUAUCUGCCUUUCCUUUUGGGGUUUAGAAUGAUGCAAAUUCCCAAGUUUUGAAGGAUCUCGUCCUUAUCUGCCUUUAAAAAGGGUGGAAAAAGGAAGGAAAACAAACUAUUACCUGGUUUGUUUCAUGUAGGGUAAGUCAGUUGAACUUGUUUUUUCUUAUUUGUUUCGUUCCAUAAAACCAGUUUUCAUGUACCCUUUUCUCCAUAAGGUUUGGAGGAAGGAUUUGAAAAGGAAGAAGAAGAGUUUAAGCCCUUACUGUUUGCAUCGGAGAAUGCUGGAGAUGCCAUGGAUUUUGGGAAUUCAAACACAUGUCCUCUUUCUAUAGUUUUGUAUGAAAUGUUGUUUUGUUCUUAUGGCUUAAUUCUCGUUUAAAACACAAGGAAUUACACAUGCAAUUAUGCAAACUGCUUGUAAAUGUGAUGGGGAAUUGUUGUUAUAUG